CUCUCUAUAUCCUUUACGGGUAAGGCAGGGACGACAAACCAUCAGCUAUUUACAGUAUUUGGACGUAUAUUUUUCUUUCGUCUCUCAGAUAAUGGAGAACAACUCAAAAACAAACCCGAGCAAACAGCAAGACAACCUAACACCAAAAGGCUUCAUCAAUAAGCGGGACAAUUCCUUCCAGCUGCCCGUGAGGGUUCCUCGCCAGUCGACCACCACUGUCGACCCUGUAAAACCGCACCGCCGUCAUCCCCGGAGCGUGUUCAAUGAUCGGGUUAAGGUAAAGGUGUACCAAGACAAUGCUGUCCUGCAGAAGGAGGGGUCCUCCCCAGACCUCAGCGGCGGCAGCGGCGGGUCAGAACUUGUGGUUUCAUCCCACCACGACUUCCGCGAGCACCGUCGCCGCGAACUCUCCCUGCAGUCCUCGAUCAUGGUGCACUCCUCAGGCAGCUCCUCAUCCAGCUCCUUCAGCGGGAACAACUCUAUGGACGAGUCGCUUCACAGGUACAGAGAUGACUUCGACGACAUGAGAUGCAAGAUAAAAAUAUUCGGAGAGUCUCUCAACCUUUGCAACUGCAUCGCGAGCGACUUCAAGGGACGACUGACGUAUAUGGAGCGGAGACUUAAAGGGCUGGAGAGGAGACAGAAACAUGCUGGGAACGAGAGCAACUACUCUCGCAUCAUACAGAAAAAUAAACAGCUGUCGGCUAAAACUAAAGAUUAUGUCCAGAAGCUGCAGAAAUGCGGUACAGAGCAGGAGAUGCGGGAGGUGGCAGGCAAGAUCGUCAAGAACUACCUGCACGGGCUCUGGAAGGUGGUGGAGCCUGAGGACUUGCAGUUCAGGAGGAUCAGCGGAGGCCUAUCAAACUUCAUAUACGUCAUAGGGCUCCCAGCGGACCUGACGCCCCUGUACGCGCGGCUCGACAGCCAGGAAGACGUAGAUGAUGAGACCAAAGCCAUCAGACAACUUGGGGAAGGACUUGACGAGCCCAAACAGGUACUCCUGAGGAUAUACGGACAAGUCCACGGUGAGAGAGCAAUGGACGCCAUAGUGACCGAGUCGGUAAUCUUCACCCUGCUAUCAGAAAGAAGACUCGGGCCCAAACUCUUUGGAGUCUUCUCCGGAGGAAGAAUUGAGGAGUUCAUUCCUGCCCGCGCGCUCUUGACGAGAGAACUGGCAGAUCCGGCGUUGUCAAUGAAAAUCGCCGAGAAAAUGGCUGCCAUUCACUCUAUGGAGAUCCCUCUGUCCAAAGAGCCCACGUUUAUAUGGAAGACCAUGGCUAAAUGGCUCAAGACUGUUAAGGACGAGUGCUUCAACAAUGGAGUUAAGGGGAAGAACGAGGCAGAAGAGAAAGCAAUAAAGCGGCUGAGGGAGAUCAACUAUGACCACGAGAUAGAAUGGCUGAAGAAAUACCUGGCGACUAUCGACUCGCCGGUCGUCUUCUGCCACAAUGACUUGCAGGAAGGCAACAUCCUUCUCCUAGAAGACAUACCCCAGCCAACACAAGAUGAGUUUGAACCAACAACAUUUAUCCAGAAAUACGAUGUACCGGGUGACAGCGACGGUGUCGAGAAGGAACCUUCUAUCACGUCCACUGAAAAUCUCGACUUAGUUGGCGAGGCUUCAAGAGCGGCGUUUUUAACAACAACAGAGACAACGCACGCCGCUCGCGCCUCUUUCAUGGACGCCAACUUCGAGGAAGGCAACACAUCAGACACGAUACUGAGCCACAUCUCCGACAGCGGCGAGCCCAAGAUCUUCCUCAUCGACUUCGAAUACUGCGCCUACAACUUCAGGGCAUUCGACAUUGCCAACCACUUUCAAGAAUGGGCUUAUGACUACACGAAUACAGAACAUCCCUUCUUCUAUGAAAACCACGACCAUUGGCCCACACUGGAACAAAAGGAGAUCUUCAUCAAGGAAUACCUGAAGUGCUACCACUCCCUUGCAGACGACAAGGGUCUAACCGAGCCUAAUAUCGAAGAGGUCAACAAACUACUGGGUGAAGUGGAAGCGUUUGCGCUCGCCAGCCACCUGUUCUGGACCCUCUGGUCUAUUGUCAACGCUAGCAAGAGCCAGAUACCUUUUGGAUACUGGGAGUACGGUCUUUCGCGGCUGGAGACAUACGUAGAGUUAAAACAGGAAGUGAUAAAAAAGGACAAGUUUGGAAUCCCGCAGAAGAGAAAAAUCGAGGAGGUGGACAUAUGAGUGGGAUGCUCGAACCUAACAGUGUAGAUAGAGACAGUGAUUAGAAAGAGAUGGAAAAUGCUGUUACCGUAGGAUAGAGAGAGACGGGUAAGUCUGUGACUUACGCGCUUUGGUUUCGAUCAAUCUAAUAAGGAA